UGUCAAAGGCUGAAGCGGUUCCCUUUGCCACAAUAUAACUAGUAGGGGAUCUACACUAGCCAUGGCCACAGCUGCCUCGAAUCCCUACAGCAUUCUCACUUCCAACUCUAUGGUUCAUACAGACUCCUCGGUCAUGCAGCAAGGGAGUUCUUUUAGAAAUCACCAGAAACUUCUCCAAAGUGACUAUCUGCAGGGAGUCCCCAGCAACGGACAUCCUCUUGGGCACCAAUGGGUGACCAGCUUAUCUGAAGGAAGCCCGUGGUCAACGACAUUAGCAGGUAGCCCUCUAGAGCAACAAGAUGUUAAACCUGGAAGGGAAGAUCUGCAACUCGGGGCUAUCAUCCAUCACAGGUCUCCCCACGUUGCUCAUCACUCGCCCCAUACAAAUCAUCCAGGUGCGUGGGGAGCUACCGGAGCUCAUAACUCAUCUCUAAACAACGGUGGACAGCCUAUCAACAUUUACGCACAGUCUGGGUUCACGGUCAAUGGUAUGUUGGAUCAUGGGGGUCUAACGCCACCUCCAACAUCAGCACCAAGCCAAAGCUUACACCCAGGGCUCAGAGACACCCCGGAGCACGGAGAUAUAGGAGCCCAUCACUGCCACGACCAUUCAGACGAGGAGACUCCAACCUCGGACGAGUUGGAACAGUUCGCUAAACAAUUCAAACAAAGGCGCAUCAAACUGGGUUUCACGCAGGCAGAUGUCGGACUUGCACUGGGGACCCUGUAUGGCAACGUCUUUUCCCAGACUACCAUCUGCAGGUUUGAAGCCCUGCAGCUCAGCUUUAAGAACAUGUGCAAACUGAAGCCCUUGUUAAACAAGUGGCUGGAGGAAGCGGACUCCUCCACUGGCAGUCCGAGCAGCAUUGAUAAAAUCGCAGCUCAAGGAAGGAAACGCAAGAAAAGAACGUCCAUUGAGGUGAGCGUCAAAGGGGUUCUGGAAACCCAUUUCCUCAAGUGUCCCAAACCUGCGGCCCAAGAGAUCACUUCUUUGGCGGACAGCCUGCAGUUAGAGAAAGAAGUGGUUCGCGUCUGGUUUUGUAACAGGCGGCAAAAAGAGAAAAGAAUGACUCCUCCGGGGGAGCAGCAACCGCACGAGGUAUAUUCACACAAUGUUAACACGGACACUUCAACAUGUCGCGAUCUCUGACCACAGCGAUGGGAUCCCGAAAACAACCCAAAAGACUCCCUUUGUGAAGAAUGGAAAUCUUAGAGGCUUUUUAAAUUAUGGGUCUUAUUUUUUUCCCUCGGCUCGUAUGAUGAAUUGAUAGGAAUAUAAAGAAAAGAUACAGAACCUUAUUUUUUUUCGAAGUUGGGCGGUAUCUCUCGACAGUGUUUUUUUCCACAAAGGACCCUGUUUAUUACAAAAUUAUUAUUAUUAUUUUUAAUAUGUUUGAUUUUAUGCUUUUGUUUUGUCUUUCUUCAAGGAUUAAAAUACAGACAUGUGCCUAUUAACCUUCCAGCGCCUUCGUUUUUCGCAACAUAUAUAUCAGGUGAAUCAGUUACGUUAUGGGCAAUUUCUCUUUGUUUUCUAUUUUUUAUACUACAUUGCUAUGCGAGUUCUGGGUAUGCUACAUUUUUCAUCAGGGGCUGCUUAAAAGAAGAUGGGCGGGGGAGAGUUAAAGUGUGUUCAGUUACUAAGUACUUGUACAAAAAAAAAAA